UGCUCGCGUGCCUGCGCACGUGUGUGUGUGUGUGUGUGUGUGUGAAAGGACUAAACUGAAAAUACUUAAAUUAUAGCAGAUAUACAUUGUUUAUAUUGAAGGUGUGCAACCUGAUUCAGUAUACAUAUGCAUUGUGAAAGAAUCACUACAAUCAAGCUAAUGUGACUCCCUUUUGGACUGUUUUCACCUCCAUUCUUUUUAACACUACUGAACAUCAUAGCUUAGCCCAGCCAGUUUCUACUGAAUGCAUAUUGCUUUCACACCAUUGUAAAGUCAAAAAAUCAUAAGCAUGAAAAAUCAUGAAGAAAAGUGUGAGUCAUGUUUGUUAAGCCAUGACACCAACAAAAACUUAAUAAAUAACCAAAUUUCACUUUCAGCCUUUUCCAGAGAUGGAAUUAUAAACCACUUAAUUUGGAAUUUCCUGAUCAGCACUGACCCACAGGUGAUCCUGGUGACUGAGAUGUCCUCCUCUCUGAAGGUCCCAGGUCCUCUCUUGCUCCUGCUGUUCCCCUUGUGUGGGCUCCAUGUACACAGCCAGAACCUUUCCUGGAGGGAAUUCAUGAAACAGCACCACCUGAGCACAAGCUGGGAAUUCAAUGAGUACAGAUGCAAUGAUCUCAUGAGAGAAAGAGAAGCUCCAAAAGACAGGAACUAUCACAUCUUCAUCUAUACCUUCUGGCACAAAAUAGAGCAUAUAUGCAUCAGGAACUGGAGAGAUCGCUACAGAAAUGUAUAUAUAUGGGCCCAGUAUCCCUUCAAAAUAAUCAAGUGUUACCGGAGGAAUAACAAAAAGGGCUACAAAGAGCACAGGAGUUACAGCUACAUUGAAUUCCAUUGUGGCAUGAACGGGUUUGUUGAUAGCAUAGAGGACAUCCGGUUGUUAGAGGUUAUCAGUAGCCUCUAACCACAUGCCCUGGUUUUAGUAGAGUGAUGAGUGUUUCCCAAGUGGUAGGCCCUGCCCACAUGAAUAGCCCUUACUAAUCACUACUUUGCAUUUAUGUGCCAAUGUUUUCCAACCACUUAGAGUUAUGU